CUGACGGCAGACAGACGUCAGUGCGCCAUUCGUCUGCACGUUUCUGCACGUGUUUGUCCUUAAAACGGCAGACCAUUGGUCAUCAAAAAAAUCACUCCAACCACAAUUUGUCCUCCUGACAAUGGUGGUGUGUCUGGGAGAGAAUGGGUGGGCUGAGAGAGAAGAUGGCGUCUUGAGAGGAGCUAAAAUUUGAGUGUCUUUUUUUAGUGAGGAGUGGGCGCUCUUGCUUAUUGGAGCUGCUGAGGAACGUGGGAGACAAUAGACAGUGAAACAUAGGAGGAGGAGGGAGGAGGUGUUCCUGACUGCUGUGACCUCCUCCUCCUCCUCCUCCUCCUCCAUCCAUUCCUCUAUUCCUCCCAGUCUAGCGGAGAAAUAAACAGAAGCGAGCGCGCUAAAGGAAAGCAUUCCUCCUCUCUCCCAUCCUCCGCCUCCUCCCCCCUUGCACUAUCUGCCCAUCUUCAUCCAGCCUGCCUUUUUCUUUCAUGGAGAGGAAUUAUCCCGCAGCUGCUGGCUUCGGAGAUCUCGGCUCCGGGACCGGAUGGAGUUACGACAGAUCGGCCAAAGCAAGCCUCAUGUACGGGAGUGGCAGGUUAUCCCAUCCCGACUCAGACCUGCUCCACCGGCAAGCCUACACCCCUCACCCACUCCAGGGCUAUGCAACCAACCACCACCCGGGAAGUUCCAGGCAUAGUGGGUCUUGGGGCGGACCCACGCUUGGUCUCUCAGGGCUGUUUGAUGCCAGCCUCCACCACUCGGGCCCCUCAGGUCCCGAUCCAUCCGUCAUGAACCUGAUUUCAGCUUUGGAUUCACGGGGCCCUCAGCCCCCACCCUCUGCUUCUUCCCUCCUCACACAGUUCCGCACUCCUUCUUGGCAGACUGCGAUGCAUACACCGGCCCCGACGGAGCUCUUUAUUUCUGGGGCUAUUCCAGGUUCCAGCUCCUUCCCUUCCUCCUCAGCCCUUUCUGCAUACCAGCAUCCCGGCUCCUUCUCUGGACGCUCUUUCACUCCUUCACUAUCCCUCCAGGACACAUCCACCUAUAGUCCAUCGUCCAAUGGUUUGUUGUCCCCCCAUGAUCCCCUGCUGCACAUUAAACCACCCUCCCAGUCCAGCUUGGGAUUUGAUCGCCUGCUGUCUUCCCAGAGUGCCGCAUACCGGAGCUCCCAGGAGCUACCGGCACCUCCUCAAAACCAUGCCCCACCCACCUCCUCCAGUUGCCACCUGCCCCCUCCCCAGUUUAACCUGCUGUCCUCCCAACUCCACAAUCAGUCCUCUCAGCUCUAUAAUGCCUCUAUGUUCUCCUCCAAGCCAGCCCUGAUACCCACAACUCCCCCUCAGCCAUUGCCUCCCCAUGACAGGGCAGGUCCCCGGCAGGACAGUGUUAUCAAGAAUUAUCAACGUUCAUCCCCAGCCCAGUCCACAGCGCCGCCAAUACAGCAAUAUCUUAGAUGUGGUGGGUCCGUGGGCUAUCAGCAAAUACCAAGUCAACACCGGCAUGCUGGUGUGUCUUGUAGUCCCUUGGGGGAACAGAGUCCACCCUCAGACCCCAAACCCUCACCGCAGUCUGAGUCGCAAACAUAUCAAGCUAAUAUUCAAACAUCAUACACUUCUUCUUCCUCCAGCUUGGCCUCCACCUCAUCUGGUAGUAAGGAAACCAAGAGCUCCACUAGUGGCUACUCUUCAUCAAACCCCGCAUCAUCCUCUUCCCGAGCCCCACAUACUCCCCCACCACUGGCCUCAUCCACCAACUCGUCAUCCUCAUCAAACCCCAAGAUUAGCAGUGACUCUUUGUGUGCUCCUUCUCGUCAGCAGCCCCCACCUCCACCAGCACCGCCUCCUUUAGCAGUAGUGUCAUCCACCCAGCCAACAUCCAAAACAUGCCUCUCCACAUAUAGUUCUCCACCCACGGCCGUAUCCAGCACAGGCCUACAAGGCCAGAACCCCCAACAGCAACAAGGCCAGUCCUACUCUCCCAACCAGCCAACGACAACUCACAUGAGUCAGUCUUAUGGAGCCUUUAGUUCACCGAACACACAUGACAUGAGCUCGGGAGCAGGGAGAAACAGAGGGAAAGCUUUCACUGAUUUAAGCUCAGAUGGACGCUCAUUUUCAGCAGAGAUAGUCUUUGGGGACUCAAACUUCAGCUCAACCUCUCUGAGAAGAACAGACAGUCCUUCUUUGGGGUAUGGGAGCAAUGCAGGAUCAACAGGAAGCGGGGCUUCAGGAGUUGCCACAUUUGAUACUGGACUUGGAUCUGCAGGUUCAGGAAGUGGGGUUGCCAGUGUUGCCAGUGGAGGCAGCAGUUCGUACCACUUGAAUGAGUCCAGUCCCUCACCUUCUAACAAUUCUGCUGUCACCCAUCCUGGGUUGCACUCUCCUGCUUCUGCUCGACCUGCACAAUCCCCUGGAGGCUCAGGGGCCAGCAAAUACCUGCCCCCCAUUCUUUCCCCUACUUUUAUGCCAUCUUCCCAAGGUUUUACUGAACCGCAACAAGCCCAGAACCAGCAGUCGUACCACUCAACUCCACCAAAACCAAAAACACAGACCAACAUGCUUGGGGUUGAGCGCUCCCAAGAAGAGGAAGAAGAAGAUGACUUCCUCAUCCAACAAUUAUUACACACACAGAGUUCAACUUCUCAUUCUGCCCGGAAUCACCCACCUCCACCUCCGCAAAUACCACAACAACUCACACUGACUGGGGAUACGGAUACCAAGGGAGUGACCUAUGACAUCAAUAAGAUCUCAGAGGAACGUUUUCACCUUCACAGUGUAAUUCGUACAAACAGCACGACUAGCAUUUCAGGCCCCGGAGCAUCAAUUACUGAUGGAACCAGCAGGUUGGAUAGUCAGUUGGAAAUAUCGCAGUCAAAGCAACAGCACACCAAUUCAGAGUUGAAAAUAUCAAAGUCUACUUCUGAAGGUGUGGAAAGAGUCACAGACUCUGUUUCUCUAUCCCAUAAUAUGCCGUGUCAACAAUCAGAACAUGACUCUCUAGGUUCUGUGGGCCAUUAUGGGAGAGGGGAUCCCUACACACAGCACCCGCAUUCCCACUCUAUCCCACGUAUGUCACCCCACUCUCAACCACGUCAGCAGGCUCAUCUUUCUCAGCACACACAGCCCUCUCAUCAUUCUCAGCAAAACCAUCCUCAUCACAUGGAGACUUCAGAUAGACCAGAUAGUUCCUACAUGUGCAACACACCGGACGCGCAGCAGGCUAGACAAAACCAGGUUUCUCACCCCAUGAUGAAUUCACCACCAAACUGCCCUCAGCAAACUCACAUGCUGCAGUCUGCCAUGUCCCAUACCUCACAGACUAAAAUGGACCCCCAGCGAGCCCCACAACAGCAUCCCUUGAGUCAACAUGGCAUCAUGGAAUCCGCUAGAGGAGCAGUACCCACAGGGGUCGAUUCCCAGUCCUCCAAGCUGCAACUCCAGCUACAGAAUCAGAGUUUGGAUACACGGUACAGCCUCACCGUGCCAAGAGAUCAAAGCCAGCUCAGGCAGAACUCCCUGUCCCCACUCGGUAUGUUGGACCAGUCUCUGUCACAGCCACGGAGCGGUGAUAGUGGAGGAGCUCUAGAUAGAACCAGCAUAAGGACUGGUGCUAUUACGGGAGGAGAUGCUAUUGUUGGGGAGAGACAUAGGCCGCUGCUCAGUCUGUCAUCCCAUCAACAUCGACAACCAACAGCCCCGGAGCUUCACAGCUUUCUCUCGGAACCAGAUUUGGGCUUACCCACCACGUCACACAUGCACCACCUCAACCAACCCCAGACUCAUGCCCAUCAUCAACAGCAAGCACACAGCCAACAUCAACUUCCCCACUCCCAGUUAACUCACCCACAGUCUCAUCGGAUAACGGGAAACAUGGGAACUCCCCAACAACAGUCCCAACCCAGGGAGACAGAGAACCAUCUGCCCCACACCCACAGACUCAAGCCACCGCAGUUUGACACUCUGAGCCCAGGAGGUGAACCGAGACAGAAUCAAAGCCAGCAACAGGAACAUUUUACAUCUUUAACAUCAAUGUGCUUUUCAGACUCUCUGUUAAAUGAUGAAGAUCGGUCUUUCUUUCCAGGAAUGGAGGACAUGUUUUGCUCUGCAAAUUACAAGUCGAGUUGUGCAGGGGUUUCUGUGGCUGGACAGCCUGCCCAAGACAGCAUUUCCCAAGGUCGGGGUCAAGAGGGCAUGGAUAUCCUUAAAACAGGAGGUGCUGGGGAACGGUACGGUAUGGUUGGUCAUCAUGGCGAUCAAGGCUAUGGGCAGUAUUGUCACAACCUUUCGGGAACAGGAAAUGGAAAUCUGCAUUUAGAUCUUGACUCUAUGAAAACCCAUCCGCUACCAUCAACCGUGAACACUGACCAGCUUGGUCUCAUACAGUCCCAGACCUCUGCUAUGGGAUUGAAUUCGGCCGUUCAAGGGGGCGACUCAGUCAACAAGAUGACAGGAUCUGUGGGAGUCGGUGGAGGAAAUAAUACCGGUAUGACCUCAGGUAUGUUUUGUUCCUCCCGACCCAAGAAACUGCUGAAGACCAGCUCAUUUUACUUGCUCAAACAGCGACGGGAACCGCAGCCUCUGACCAAGAAAAACUAUGUGCAAGAAUAUGAAUUUGAAGACGAUGAGGAUAAAGCUGACGUUCCAGCAGAUAUUCGUCUAAACAGUCGACGCCUUCCUGACCUGCUCCCCGACUUGGUUUCUAGCUGCAGGAAGGCUGGUGGGUCAUCAGGAGUCAGUGGGCUCAGUCCACUGAUGGGUGACAUGGACUUCUGCCACCCAUCCAGCUACUCUUCCCUUGGACAUUCUCAGCCACUUCUCCAUCAGGAUGGCCCAAAGAAAAGAGGGAGGAAGCCAACAAAACCGAAACGUGAAGGCCCUCCUCGCCCCCGAGGUAGACCACGUAUACGUCCUCUUCCAGAACCCACAUACUGCCGGGGACUGAUGGGAUCAGGAGCUGGAGAAAGUAGAAGGGGCCGUGGGAGGGGUAGGGGUCGUGGUAAGAGGGAGGAAGGCCUCACGGAAAUGCAUCAAGCUAUGAACAAAGCACCCAACCUUUAUCAGCAGCAUCCACAACAACACUUCAACCAACCCCAGCUAAUCCAGCAGCAGCCACAAGAACAUCACAGACAACUGCUGGACCACCACCAUAUACCACAACAGCAACAAGAGCAUCUCUUGCACCAUCACGUGCCCUCCUCUCACCACCAACUGCAUCAUCAGCAACCCAAUUACCAACAUCUGCAUCAACCAGCCCAACAGCUGCAACAUGAUCCAGACAGCCCCAUCAAGAUGACACUUCCUGGUUCUGCCAUGCCACCUUCACAAUCCUUGUUGCGGACGGAUUCACUGUCCAGCACUGAUCACGUUCUGUCUGAUGCAUCAGUCGGUUCAGCACCAUCUCUGGGCCCCAGUCCUGGACCCAGUACUAACAUGGACAUGAGUACAAAUGAGCUAAACCAGACACCGGACAAGAUGCAGCAUGGGAAUCCUGGAGAGAUAACAUGGAAGAAAGAAAUGGAAGACCAGUUGAACCCUGAAGGCUGGGCCACGAUGCAGAAACUCUCCAGCUCUGUCGAUGAGAAGGCUUUUGACUUCAAACCUGGCUUCAUGUCCUGUUUUUUGGACUUCCUGAAGACAGGCAAGAAACAGUCAGGCCUAGAAUUGGGCGAUGAUGGAUGUCAACAAGAAGCCGUGAACCCCUGUUCCUCUCAAAAAGGUGGAAUCAGACCCAUCACCCCCACUCCACCAUUACCGCAGACUCCAUCACAGGGGACCUUCAGCGAGGCGAGAGGAAGCGAGGGGGCAGACCUCGCGCUUGGUAGUUGUCCGAGUCCGUGUAAGCCUCUAGAUGAGGAGUUGAAAGGGAACCUCGAGGUGCUGCCGUCCUUCUCCUCUGAUGAGGAAGACUCGGUCAGCAAAAAUCAAGACUUGCAAAAGAGCAUCUCGUCCGCCAUCUCUGCCCUCUAUGACACUCCUCACUCCCUGGCUGCUGCCAUGGCCUCCGCUAUGGCCAAAGUACCAUCCACCCUCUCUCCACCAACCCCUCAGGAGCCACCACUCAGCCCCUUGCCUCCCCUCGCAUGCUCCACCACAACACCGAAUGGGGAAGAGGGAACGCUUGCGUACAAUCAAACUCCUGAUGAGAAGAACUUUGUCUCCUCACGGUCCAAAGCAGAAGCGGAAGAAGACGGCGUAAGUGAGCCACCGGCAGAACAGAAUGAGGCGGAAGACGUAGGAGGAGAGACUGUGGAUGAUAAGGAAACAAGGACAGAGCAGGGAGCUCUGGAGGAACAGGAGAUGAAGGAAGAGGACGGAAUAUCUGAAAGGCAGAUGUUGGAGGCUUCGAACACUGAAGGUACUCCAUCAAGCCCUGCGCUGGCUCCCGCGCCUCUUUCCGCAUCACCAUCCAUUUCUCCUUCACCACCCACCUACUCUUCACCCUCUCCCCACCCUCCCGUGUGUCCUUCUGUGCCCUCCCCGCAUCCCAUCCCGGAGGAUGACGAUGUGGAUCCCCCUUACCCUCCCUCUGAAAAACAUCACGUCUCCUACCAACAAGCUCCAACUGCAGGCACCUCACCACCUCCCUCCACCUCUCCUCCUGCCAUCCCCUCAUCACCCCUCUCCAACCUUCCCCUGACCCACUCCAUACCCCCUCCAUCCACCACGCCUCCUCCAUCAUGCUCUGACCAGGACCAGGACCAGGAACCUGAAGCUGGACAUGCUUCCGCCUCCUCCCCGUCAUCCGCUUCCCCAUCAUCCUCUUCCUCCCCUCCAACCCCAGAAGAGGCCCCGGCAUCGCAGCGACUUACCGCCUUGCACCUGGCUAAGAAACAGGCUGAUGCCGCCAUCGCUGGCGAGAGUGAGGAAGAGGACAGCGAAAGCGGAGGCGAGGGAAUCUUCCGUGAGCGAGAUGAGUUUGUCGUUCGAACAGAGGACAUCGGGACACUCAAGAUGGCCUUGCAGACCGGACGGGAACCCCCACCAAUCUGGAGGGUGCAGAAAGCCUUGCUGCAGAAAUUCAGCCCUGAGAUCAAAGAUGGUCAAAGGCAGUUCUGUGCUACCAGUAAUUAUCUGGGUUAUUUUGGUGAUGCCAAAAUGCGAUAUCAGCGUUUGUACGUCAAGUUCCUGGAGAAUGUCAACAAGAAAGACUAUGUCAGAGUGUGUUCCAGAAAACCAUGGCACAGAACCGGUCUGACUCUGAGGCGACAGUCACUGCCAAAACAAGUACCUGCCACUCACAACCAAACCCCACCGCGAGUGGACAGAGACGAGAGGGACAGGGAAAGACAAAAGGAGCAGAAAGAACAAGAAAAGGAGCAGGCAGGGAGGUUGCAAAGGGAGAAAGCUGAGAGAGAGCAGAAGGACAAGGUGGAGAGGGAGAAGAAAGAGAAACAGGAGAGGGAGCAGAGGGACAGGGAUAGAAGAGUCAAAGAAAACGUGGAAAAAGAGCAAAAGGAGAGGCGGGAUCGGGAGCAGAAAGAGCGGGAACGCAAAGACUGGGACAAAUCAGUGCUCCUGAAACGGGACAGCGAAAAACGGGAGAAAGAGCUAAGGGAGGAGAUGGAUAGGGGGAUGGGAAAAGAACAAAAAGAUGGAGAACUAAGAGACAAGGAUGGACAGGAGAGUGAAUGCAAGACAAAGGAAGGACAGGAAAAGGAGAAGCAGGAGAGGGAGAAGAGGGAAAAGGAGAAACGGGUUAGGGAGUGGAAAGAGAGACAGCAAAGAGACGGAGAACAGAGGGAUGGAGAUCAAGAGAAAGAGAAACGUUCAGAAACAGGAGUCACAGAGAGGGAGAAGCAUAAGGACAACCAAAAGGAGGUGAGGAGAGAUAAUGGACCAAGGGAAGUCCUGGAGGCCAAAGGAGGUCCACUGCAGUGUGUGAAGGAGGACGAAAAGAAGAUGGCCCGCCAGUCCAGAAGCAAGACGCCUCAGGACAAGACAGAACCUCCUCCAAAGAAGAGGAAGAAGUGGAUGAAGGAGGUGCCAUCUUCCUCCUCAGACUCGGACUCCUCUUUCCCCAGUGAAGAUGAAGGACCUCUGUGGGUUGGAGUGAACAGCCGGGCGAUGAGGGAGAUGUUCAGGAGCUACGUGGAGAUGUUGGUCAGCACAGCACUCGACCCUGACAUGAUUCAAGCCCUGGAGGACACGGACGACGAGUUAUACCUGCCCCCCAUGAGGAAGAUAGACAGCAUGCUGAGUGAGCAAAAGAAGAGAUUGUUGAGGAGAAUCAACAUGAGUGCUCAGCACCAGGAGGCUCUUCAUGUGUUCCCCAAAAUGGCGGCAGACCCACUGGAGUCUGGAACUGUUAAAGUUCGCCUCGCCGGUGAAGGUUACAACCGCAAAACUUUAAACCACGGCAAGAGGAGCAUUCCUAAGCAACAAGAUCUAAAGAUCUCCAUUGAAACGUGCCGUAUGUACAGUCUAUAUCAUUCCCUCCACCACUACAAGUAUCACACCUUCCUGCGCUGCAAAAAGGAGACAGACAGCAUCGAGCAGGCAGCAGACGACCCCGGCCAGGAGGAGGUGGUGCAGCAGUGCAUGGCCAACCAGAGCUGGCUGGAGAGCCUCUUUAGUUCCUUCAUGGAGCUGCUCAGCCUCAGUGCCAAAGCCUGAACCAGGGCAUCAUUCCAAACAUUAGAAUCGUGAUUUUGGGGGGGGUAAAAAGGUUUAACCUUUGACAUAUUUGUGCUAUGAUGAUGGAGCUAUGGUCGUAAAUGUCAUGAAGGCUUCCAUGGUAUGGAGACACAUACAAACACAUCUUGUAAUGUAUGGAUAACUAUGGUUUGUAUCAUUUAUACAAGGCAUUUUUAAAAAAUGAACACCCUAAAAAAAAAAGGAUUGAUAGCUGUAAAUAUUUUUAAAGGUGUAUACAUAAAAUGGAGUGUUUGCUCCUCUCAGACCUCCACAGGUGAAACUAGUGAAAAGAUCGACUAUGAAAUAGUCCUUUUAUUGUUUAUACCUGCGCUUGAGCUUCAGGGCUGAUGUAAUUCAAUGAACCUGUGCUAUUUAUGUCUGUUCUUUCAAACGCUGUCACAGAGGGGAUGUUUCUCCUGUAAAAACAAAGAAUUAAGAAAAUUAAAGCACGACUUUCUGAAAGGAAGCGCAACAUGAAAUGAUAAAUGUGUGUGUUAAAUGUGCGUCCUUUUUACCUGUAUGUUGUUGACUGAUAUUUCCAAUGAUUUGACCUCCCAGAGGAUAUUCUUUGCAGAGCAUAUUUGUUGUUUUGAUGUGUAAAUAUUGUACAGCUUCUUCAUUCUCCACCACUAAGUUCCUCUUCUGUACAUAAAAUGACUGUAUUUGACAAAAGUAAAUUAAACUGUUCCAAUGACAAAUGUGAUGAUAGUUAAUGAUCUCUAUGCUUAUGAAACUACUAUGUGUGGAUGUCAACCUUUUCAACCAAUCUUCCAAUUGAAUGGCAUCUGAGGUUGGUAGAGUUGGGCUCUCCUGGGGCUGAGGUUGCCGAGGUGGUCAGGAAGCUCCCGGGGGUGAAUGAGUUGCGCCCGGAGUUCCUUAAGGCCAAGGACUCUGCGGUAUGGCAUCGAUAUCAGAGGCAGUGCCUCCG